AGAGCCGCUAAGAUGCUCCGCCGCCGGUGCUGGUCGUCGCCGGUUCGUCGUCGUGUAUGUUAGCUUACUAUAAUGACACGGCUGGUGCGAACUGCCGCCAGCCUGGGGCCGCCGGAAAAGCAUCUAUCGUGUCGCGCUCACCCUGGUGAUAAAACGUGAGGCGAGGGCGGUCGAUAUGCUAGCUGCUUCGUUCGUUCGUCGCCCCCUGUCGUGGCCUCGUCGUCGUUCAGCCUCAGGUCAUCUCUCCUGCGACCGAUCCGCCAUGGGCGACGUCGAUUAUGCCAAUGUCCCCGGCGGAUACUUCAUGGGCCCGCCGGCGAACGCGGCCGCCGCCGAACCCAAGCCUGCUGCCACCACACAGACUCCCGGCGAUUACUUCAUCGGGACCCCGGAGAACAUCCGGCAGCAGGGGAUGGAGGCUGAACCAGCACGGCCAGCCGGCGAGCUGAAGAGAUCGAGGAGCUUCAUGGAAUGGUUCCCUUGCCUCCGUGGAUGACAAGUUGCAAACUAGAGGAGCCGUCGGGCAAGCCCGGCGCCAUGAUAACUUGAGAAAUACGAGGCCUCGUCUGUUAUCUCUGGAUGAUGUUCUGCUUUUGCUCGAUUUGAUACCUCUUUUUCGUUCCACUCGGAAAUGAGAAUUCGACGAUGAAGGCCUGCUAUGCAAUCUGUAUUAUUAUACAUGUUUGUCAUUGAAGUGUUCUGAUUCCUCAUUGGAAAUUGUUAACUGUGUAUGCACAAAUUUAAAGGUCUAAAAACGGCACUCCAUUUUUUACAUGUAAUGAAUAAAAUAAUCUAGUCUCUA